GCAAUUAUAAGAGGUUACAAGUGAAAUGCUGAUGUCACUAGCUAGUUCAAUUUUUUUACAAAAUUGGCCAUUGUACACAAAUUUGACCGCCAUGAUUCGCUUCAUCGCCACCACAACCACCGUCAUCCACCACCAUCUCCGGCAACAAAUCCGCACCUUCGUCAACGCAAGAAUCAAAUGGGUACGAGACCCAUACCUCGAUAAAGCAGUAGAAAAGGAAAAGAACCUCAAACCAUUACUCUCUCUCAAGAACUUAAUCCUUUCACAUCCCUCAAAAUCUCUACCCCUUCGCACCAUUUCCCCUCUCAAACCCCAACUCAAUCUUCCCACCACUGCUCUCAAAUUCAUCCAAAAUUACCCUUUUGUUUUCAAAACUUUCAGGCCUCCUGUACCCUUAUCCACUCUACAUGUAAAGCUCACUCCAAAUGCACUAUCUUUACAUAAUGAUGAGACCCUUUUUCUUAGUCUUUCACAUUACCGUAAAGAUUUAGCCCAAAUAUUAGCAAAGCUAUUGAUGCUCACAAGAGCUAAAAGACUUCCUUUUUAUGUUAUUGAAAGGUUUAAAUUUGACUUGGGUUUGCCUCGUGAUUAUUUGUUGAGCUUUUUACCUGAAUUUCCUGAGUAUUUUCAGAUUUGUCAAAUGGGUUUUAAGGAUUCUGAUGGUCGUGAGGUUUUUGGGUUGGAAUUAGUUAAAUGGAGGGAGGAUUUGGCUGUUUCUGUGACGGAGAAAAGGGUGAAAAGAGAGGAUUUUGGGGGUAGGAAAAGAGUGCAUAUAAGGUUUUCGAUGAAUUUACCAAGAGGAUUUGAUUUGGUGAAGAAAGUGAGGAAUUGGGUUGAGGAGUGGCAGAAUUUGCCUUACAUUUCACCUUAUGAAGAUGCAUUUCACUUGGCUCCUAAUAGUGAUCAAGCAGAGAAAUGGACAGUUGGGGUGAUUCAUGAACUGUUAAGUUUACUUGUAUCAAAGAAGACAGAGAGGGAGAAUAUUUAUUGCUUAGGGGAUUAUUUAGGAUUUGGAAUAAGGUUUAGAAAAGCUUUAGUGCAUCAUCCGGGUAUAUUUUACUUGUCGAAUAAGAUUAGGACGCAUACUAUAGUUUUGAGGGAGGGAUUUAACAAGAACAUACUGGUUGAGAAGCAUCCAUUGAUGAGAAUGAGAUACAAGUACAUCAGUCUCAUGAACAGAGUGUUGAGAAGGGGAAUACCAAUCAAUGCUGGAGCUGUUAGGUACAGGAAGCGGCUGACUUCUUCUUUGAAAGGAGGAAAAAGGAAGGAAAAUGAGAAGAGGAUGAGACAGGUUAAAAGUCUAGAGACUUGAGAAGUUUGAAAGAUUCGACAAAGAUAUGACAAAAGUGACAAUAGAAAGACUAGAUUAUUUGACAAUGAUAAUUUUAUGAUUAUGCACGAUGCUGCAAAGGCUGUUACCAGACGGAGUAUUCUGUGAGUAAUUGCAAUAUGUUGGUGUCUGGGAAAUGAGGAGUCCAACGGCUGUAGAAGCAUGGGAAUGCUGAAGAAUAGAAGAAUAGUACAGCUUGUCGUUACACAGAUUGGAAAAUUUGGCCUUCGAAAGUGACUCUUGUACUUUGAUGGCAAUCAUCCUUGCUUAAAAGAAGGAAGAAAUAACAGGAUUGUCUGCAUAGACAAGUAGAGUUGGGCUGCUAUAUCACAUACUAGGAUCAUCCAGGAUGCUGUUUCCUUGGCAAGUUUCUUGUUCUUACUAGUUGGUGUUUAAAUUAUUCAUUUGUACCUUGCCUUGACUUCUACUUGCUAUGUGAUGUUAGCUAUAUUGUGCAAGUAAGAAAUUGACAUAGAGUAAUAGAGGCAAAAGCAAGGAAAAGGAGAAGAGGAUGAGACAAGUUAAAUGUCUAGAGACGUGAGAAGAUUGGACAACGAUAUGACAAUAGAGACAGAAGACGUAAAUGAUACUUAUAUGAUCAUGCACGAUGCUAUAAAGGCUUGUAUAUAGAUGGAUUUGUGUGUCAGUAAUUCACUAUAUGUUGGUGACCAGAUGUUGCUGGAAUCUUGGCAAUGCUCAAGAAUAGAUGAAUGGUACAACUUGUCUUUAUAUGGAUAUACAGGGCAAAACAAGGUAAGGAAACCUUAGUAUGCACGACAAGCUGACAGCCGCUGCUGAAACUGUCUUUACAUUGGAUGAUUUGGCCUCUGGCUGGAUAACUAUUAUCAAGAUUGCCUUCUCUUUCCGUCCCUUCUGAAGUGAAGGGAGACUCGUGCCCUUCGAAAUGGUCAUAUUCUUACUAUGAUGGCAAUCCCUCUUUGCCAAAAGGAGAGCGCAAAUUGGAGGUCUGUAUCAAACAAAUGUUUAACCAUCUUGAGUGAACAUACAUCAUGUGAUACUUGCCCAAGGUGAGUUAUGAUCAUCUCUAAUCUUGUCUAAUUUUGUAUGGCGACACAUCCAUUGCAACAUUUCCAAUAUUCCAUAUUUAGAACACUCUUCCUCAACAUUAAUUCUCAUAUAGAAUAUUGCUCAUCUCACAACUAUGCUAUAGAUCUUAUUUUUCAAUUUGGUAAGUAUAUUCCCGACACAUAACGCUCCUGUAAAAGUUAAAACUCCUCCAUUUCAAUCAUAUGAUUGUAAUUUUAA